AUGUUCGAUUCGCCAUGUACCAGUAAGGCGCAGCAGUACGGUGCUAUGGUGGAAGAUAGUUACAGCAAACAUCCGCUUGCCAGACCUAGUCAGGACAUACCGAACCAGGGAAAUUCAUUCGCAGUGAACUGCAGAGCAAUGGUGGCGAAGGCGGAGGCGGGGGCGACUACGAUGAUGACUGCGGAACACGAUACGGCAUAUCAGUUUUGCCUAGACUACUACAAUAUGGAUACUAGAUCGGCACCUUUCCGAAAUGAACAUUUCACCCCAGCUCCCAAACCAAGAGAUUUGGAAAUUAAUAGACUUCCUCCCAGACCACCUCCACGGAGAUAUCCACCUCCACCAAUUCCAGCCCCUAGAAACUUAGGCUUUCCACAGAUGCCACUAUUUGGCAGGCAAUAUUUCCAAGCCAAUCCCUUCACCCAGACCAGGCCUCAGUACCAACCCAAUCCGUUUCAAGCACCCCCACGACCAUGGGCUGCAAAACCAUUACCAAAACCCGAGCCAAUGGAUAUCGAUCAAAUUCAUCAGAAGGUAUAUCCUUACCCCGCUGCCUAUGCAGACGAGGUAAAGAAACAAAUUAACAAACUCCUGGAAGAUGGUAUUGUUCGACCAUCUCGUUCAGCGUGGACGGCACCAGUAUGGGUUGUACCGAAGAAACCCGACGCUUCAGGAGAAAAAAAGUUCCGAAUGGUGAUCGACUAUCGGAAGGUGAACGAAAAGACAAUUCCCGAUAAAUAUCCAAUGCCAGAGAUAGGGUAUGUUUUAGAUCAGCUCAAGGGUCAAAAAUAUUUUACCACUCUUGAUUUAGCGUCUGGGUUCCACCAGAUUAAAAUGAAGGAGAAAGAUAUUGAGAAAACUGCUUUCGCCAUUAACAACGGGAAGUACGAAUUUACUAGAAUGCCAUUUGGCUUGAAGAACGCUCCUGCGAUCUUCCAACGGGCAAUUGACGACGUACUUAGAGAUCACAUAGGGAAAAUAUGCUAUGUGUAUAUCGAUGACGUUGUCGUGUUUGGAAAGACCCUAGAUGAACAUUUGGAAAAUCUUAAAAUUGUUCUAGAAACACUAAGUAAUGCAAAUCUCAAGAUUCAGUUAGACAAAUUCACACAAAUUGAAUCAAGAGCAGCCAUCGACCUCAUACCAGUAAUAAAGGAUAUUCUUUUAAAGUACAAAGCACCAAGCACACUUGUGAUGGAUGGCGAGAAAUCCUUUAUGACGGGAGAGCUCGUUAAUUUCUACAACAUACAUAAAAUCAACCCAUACGUAACCGCCACCGGACGGAGAAAAUAUAAAACACGACUUCUACUUCUACGUUUCAGAUUGCUACUGCUAUUAUUCAUUCAACCAGACCAACUACUAUCAAGACACGAUGUGACAGCCGACUUACGGGACGUAGGACGCCAGCCAGUCCUGAUCUUCGAUCAAGGCGAGGCACGGAUCAAACUUGACCACACGUAUUACAUUCACUACUUCAAUUUAACGACCAUUAGAAUGCAAGUAAAAAGCCUUAGGGAUCAGUUCGAAAACUUUAGCCAAAAUCAAUUUUCUGACCUAGUAGAAGAAAAAUUCAACGAAAUAGAUUUCGCAUUAAAAAGCAUAGACCCAAUCAGACGGCAUAAACGUUGGGAUAGUGUAGGUACAGUUUGGAAAUUUAUAGCCGGCAGUCCAGAUGCCAAUGAUUUGAGAAUCAUCAAUUCUACCAUAAAUAAUUUAGUUACGAACAAUAAUGAGCAGAUCAGAAUUAACCGUGAGAUAAACCUACAAUUGAAAGAAGCAAUGUUCGAAACCAAAAAGGCGAUUAAUUUGUUCAACACAAGAUCAAUCGAAAUGUAUUCUACUAAGAUAUUGUUUCAUCUGAAUUACUUAUCCAAGAAAUUGAACCAAAUAACUGAUGCAAUCAUGUUGGCUAAACUAGGAAUAGUAAACGAAAAAAUUCUAAGCCAGCGUGAAAUAGAUAUCUUAAUUAAUGAUUUAGCUAGGGAAAAUAUAACAGUUCAUACUGCUUUGGAGGCAACGAAUUAUGCGACGACAUCAGUGGCAACUAACAAUCUGGAAAUUGCUCUCAUGAUAAAAAUGCCAAAACUCGACCCCAGAAUAUUCAACAAAGUACGACUAUACCCGAUCAUUCACAAAAAUAAGCAAAUUCAUAUAGAUCAUCGAUUUUAUCUAACUCACAAAGAUGAGGUUUACUCCAUAAACUCAAUCGAACCUACUAUAUUCAAUGCAAACGAAAUCAACUUGGACAAUUCAACAUGCAUACCGAAGCUAUUGAAAGGAGAACAGGCAACUUGUAAUUUCACCGUCAACCCAGUCGAAGAAGAAGUUAUCUUUCUAGACAACCAACACUUGUUCAUAAACACAAUAAAAAAUUUCACCCUAUCAUCAAAUUGUGGCAUAACAAACAGAAACCUGACCGGACCAUUCGUAGUUUUCUUCAGAAAUUGCCAGUUAUACAUCAAUAACGCUUCAUAUAACUCAAGAAUGAAAACCUUACCGGGAAACCCAAUACAACUACCCUUAGACGGAAUCGCGGUAAAAAUGCACCAAGAGAUCCUAAACAUCAGCCUGGACCAUCUACAUAAACUCCAUCUGGAAACGAGGAAGGAGUUAGACGUUAUCCGACUAUCAACCAAUAGUAUAAAGUGGCCAACACUGUCUCUUUUUGGGGGAAUUAUGUCCCUACCUAGCUUAAUCGGUAUAGCAUUUCUCCUUAGAUUUCUCAUCCAUAGAUCAUCUACAAUAAACAUACAACAGGCAGCCCCGACCACAACAGUCGAAGAUCCAGUACCAGACAUCCAACCCAACAUUAGACAUUUGACAAUCAGAGAAGUGAUUCGUACGGAACCUCAUCUCUUAGGAAGGACGAGUUAGCAACGGAACUACCCGAACGAGGGCAGCGAGAAUCGCUGACGACACGUUAGCAUCGGCGCCGACCCGACGGGACAGACAGGAGCGCCGACGGAGCAUUUUGUACCUGAGGGCAUCGAUCCGUGGGAGCGGAGGAGCGUCACGUUGACUAGAAAGUGCAAUUCGGCAGUAUGAACUGUAGACAUAAUCGAAUGAAAGAAUAAAGUUUAGUUUAAUUCUAGGCAGGGAACCAAGUGGUUGUUCUUUUUUAAAAAGAGGUUUAGGUAAGGAAUUAUUUAACUCGCGUA